GCCGCCGGCCGGCGCAGCACAGAAGUUUGCUGAGCGCUUCCCAACCCUGCUGGUCCCGGACUCGCGCUGUGCCCCGCGCCUCCUCCUGCCGCCGCCGCCCUGUUCUCCCGGGAUUCCUUCUCUGUGCAGGACGGACGCUCUGCUGCGAGAAGUAGGGGUAGAUCGGGGAGAGUGCCGAGGAGGAGCGGCGGGGGGCGUUCCGGUGACAGCUUCGCGUCCGGACGCGGGGCGCGUGGGGCUUCCCGCGGCCGCUGGGCGGGCGAUGCGGCUGCCGAGUCUCGCGGCGCAGAGAGGAAGGAGGGCGUCCCGGAGAGCCUAGAGCUUGCUUCUGCCCGCCUGGGGAAGGGGGCAUGGAGUUGUGAGCGCCCCUCAUUCGACGAGGCCGCCCCCGGCAGGCUCCCCAUGGCCGGGACGUACAGCUCCACUCUGAAGACGCUGGAGGACUUGACCUUGGACUCCGGGUAUGGGGCCGGGGACUCGUGCCGCUCGCUCAGCCUCUCGUCCUCCAAGUCCAACUCGCAGGCGCUCAACUCUUCAGCGCAGCAGCACCGCGGGGCGGCCUGGUGGUGCUACUCAGGCUCCAUGAACAGCCGCCACAACAGCUGGGACACGGUGAACACAGUGCUGCCCGAGGACCCCGAAGUGGCCGACCUCUUCUCGCGCUGCCCGCGGCUCCCCGAGCUGGAGGAGUUCCCCUGGACCGAGGGAGACGUGGCCCGGGUGCUCCGCAAAGGCGCCGGCGGCCGGCGGCUGCCCCAGUUCUCCGCCGAGGCGGUGAGGCGCCUGGCUGGGCUGCUGCGCAGGGCGCUCAUCCGCGUGGCCCGCGAGGCGCAGCGCCUGAGCGUGCUGCACGCCAAGUGCACCCGCUUCGAGGUGCAGAGCGCCGUGCGCCUGGUGCACAGCUGGGCGCUGGCCGAGAGCUGCGCGCUGGCCGCGGUCAAGGCGCUGUCCCUGUACAGCAUGAGCGCCGGCGACGGGCUGCGCCGGGGCAAGUCGGCGCGCUGCGGCCUCACCUUCUCGGUGGGCCGCUUCUUCCGCUGGAUGGUGGACACCCGCAUCUCCGUGCGCAUCCACGAGUAUGCGGCCAUCUCGCUCACCGCCUGCAUGGAGAACCUGGUGGAGGAGAUCCGGGCCAGAGUGCUGGCCAGCCAGAGCCCUGACGGCGGAGGUGCCGGGGGCGGGGAGGUGUCCGCCGAGGCCCUGGAGAUGGUCAUCAACAAUGACGCCGAGCUCUGGGGCGUCCUGCAGCCCUAUGAGCAUCUCAUCUGCGGCAAAAACGCCAAUGGUGUCCUCUCUCUCCCUGCGUACUUCAGCCCCUACAAUGGCGGGUCCCUGGGCCACGACGAGAGAGCUGAUGCCUACGCCCAGCUGGAGCUCCGGACCCUGGAGCAGUCCCUCCUGGCCACCUGUGUGGGCAGCAUCUCGGAACUGAGUGACCUGGUCUCCCGCGCCAUGCACCACAUGCAGGGGCGCCACCCGCUGUGUCCGGGCUCCAGCCCUGCCCGCCAGGCCCGCCAGCCACCACAGCCCAUCACCUGGUCCCCCGACGCCCUGCACACGCUCUACUACUUCCUGCGGUGUCCACAGAUGGAGUCCAUGGAGAACCCCAACCUGGACCCCCCGAGAAUGACCCUGAACAAUGAACGGCCCUUCAUGCUGCUGCCGCCCCUGAUGGAGUGGAUGCGCGUGGCCAUCACCUACGCAGAGCACCGCCGCAGCCUCACCGUGGACAGCGGCGACAUCCGGCAGGCAGCCCGGCUGCUGCUGCCCGGUCUGGACUGCGAACCCCGGCAGCUCAAACCCGAGUGCUGUUUCAGUUCCUUCCGGAGGCUGGAUGCCCGAGCAGCUACUGAAAAAUUCAACCAGGAUCUGGGUUUCCGCAUGCUCAACUGCGGGAGGACGGACCUCAUCAACCAGGCCAUCGAGGCCCUAGGACCAGACGGGGUGAACACCAUGGAUGACCAGGGUAUGACGCCGCUGAUGUACGCCUGUGCUGCCGGCGAUGAAGCCAUGGUCCAGAUGUUGAUCGAUGCCGGGGCAAACUUGGACAUCCAGGUUCCAAGCAACUCUCCCAGGCACCCUUCCGUCCACCCCGACAGCCGGCACUGGACCUCACUGACAUUUGCUGUGCUGCACGGACACAUCUCUGUGGUCCAGUUGCUGUUGGACGCUGGCGCCCACGUGGAGGGCUCUGCAGUCAACAGCGGCGAGGACAGCUACGCGGAGACGCCCCUGCAGCUAGCCUCUGCGGCCGGGAACUACGAGCUGGUCAGCCUGCUGCUGAGCCGGGGCGCCGACCCCCUCCUCAGCAUGCUGGAAGCCAACGGCAUGGGCUCCUCCCUGCACGAGGACAUGAACUGCUUCAGCCACUCGGCUGCCCACGGCCACAGGAAUGUCCUGAGGAAGCUCCUGACGCAGCCGCAGCAGGCCAAAGCAGACGUGCUGUCCCUGGAAGAGAUCCUGGCCGAGGGCGUGGAGGAGAGCGACACGUCCAGCCAGGGCAGCAGCAGCGAGGGGCCCGUGCGGCUGAGCCGGACCCGCACGAAGGCCCUGCAGGAGGCCAUGUACUACAGCGCCGAGCACGGCUACGUGGACAUCACCAUGGAGCUGAGGACGCUGGGCGUGCCCUGGAAGCUGCACAUCUGGAUCGAGUCUCUGAGGACGUCCUUCUCACAGUCGCGGUACUCGGUGGUGCAGAGCCUCCUGCGGGAUUUCGGCUCCAUCAAGGAGGAGGAGUACAACGAGGAGCUGGUGACCGAGGGCCUGCAGCUCCUGUUCGACAUCCUCAAGACCAGCAAAAACGACUCUGUCGCCCAGCAGCUGGCUGCCAUCUUCACCCACUGCUACGGCACCAGCCCCAUCCCCAGCAUCCCAGAGAUCCGGAAGACCCUGCCAGCCAGGCUAGAUCCUCACUUUCUGAACAACAAGGAGAUGUCGGAUGUGACCUUCCUCGUGGAAGGAAAGCUGUUUUAUGCACAUAAAGUCCUGCUGGUGACGGCAUCUAACAGGUUCAAGACGCUGAUGACCAAUAAAUCAGAGCAAGAUGGGGACAGCAGCAAGACCAUUGAGAUCAGCGACAUGAAGUACCACAUUUUUCAGCUGAUGAUGCAGUACCUGUACUACGGAGGAACGGAGUCCAUGCACAUCCCCACCGCCGACAUCCUGGAGCUGCUGUCGGCUGCCAGCCUGUUCCAGCUGGACGCCCUGCAGAGGCACUGCGAGAUCCUGUGCUCCCAGACCCUCAGCGUGGAGAGCGCCGUGAACACCUACAAAUACGCCAAGAUCCACAAUGCCCCCGAACUGGCCCUGUUCUGUGAGGGCUUCUUCCUCAAGCACAUGAAGGCCCUGCUGGAGCAGGACUCCUUCCGGCAGCUCAUCUACAGCCGCAGCAGCAAAGUACAGGGCCUGGACCCGCUGCAGGACCUGCAGAGCACCCUGGCCGAGCGCGUGCACUCUGUCUACAUCACCUCCCGGGUGUGAGGGCGCCUGAGGGGGUGGGAAAGGCUGCCAAGACAGGAGCAGUGCUGCCAGGGCCUGUGGACACGUGAGGGCCCUGCCAGGUGGUUGUAGGCCCUCUCGGAGCCAGGCUCGCGGGGCCUCAGUUUCCCUUUCCUUCCCCAGCUACCCGUUCUGGUGUUGAUCGGUCCUCGGGUAGGCAGUUGAGCCCUGAGCCCACCUGUCUCAAGGCAGCCCACCCGCAACUCCUCUGCCCCAGAGCUAACAGCUUGCUCAACCACUGACGAGCAGAGGAGGAAUGUGGCCAAAAGGUGGUCCUUCUCUCCACCCCACAGUUUGCAGCUUGAGGGCCCUGAGCACUCACCUGUGCACCCUGUCCCCUCCUGCAGGCCAGCAGCCGGUCCUGUCCCACCUCUGCUCCAGUGCUCUGACCAGGCCCUAGGGCCUCAGGAAGCUCAGACUGUGCCAACUGGGCUCCGGGGGCAGGAGGAUCUUGAUGGAUGCAUAGAACGUACACAUAGGCCAUUUCUUUCAAAAGCUGGUAUUUCUCUUCCUAAAUGCCACAUUGAAAAGGCUGCCCAAACCCCUGGACUUAUUCCACAAGGCUUUGAAAGGCUUAAUAUGGACCUCCAGGGGCCUGGGGAUCCCCACACAGAGGGCCACUUUGAUUCCCCAUUUUCUUUGGUGUCUGGGCCUACAGAGGCCCUCCCGUUGGGACUACCAACUUGCUCAGGUAGAGGGCAGUUCCCCAGCUGACGGCUUCUGAGGGAAGCAUGGGGGUGCAAGGGGCACAAUGCAGGAGCCUAGUGGCCUCAGCUCAUUUUGCUGCUGUUUUGGGGGCCAAAGUAAAGCGGUUGAAACCCCAAGCCUGUACUUAGGUUGCCUCUGUGGGCUCAGGAAGUGGAGCCUAAACAUCCUUCCUGGCAAGUUCCCUUUACCUGAGGACUGGAGAGCGGGGCAGACACUUCUCCAUGGGGGACAACGGACAGGGCUUCAGUGGAAGCGAAGGGCUGGGAGAAGAGGCUCUCCUCUCUGUGGGCUCUGGGCACUCUCCGACGCCCGUCAUAUUUAUGGGCCAGACACUGGGGGAGCAUGGAGGUUGGCUUGCUCUAGGUGUAGCUGCUUCAGCUGUCUGGCCACACCUUAGAAACUAUUUAUUCACCAAAGCCCCUGGGGCAUUCAGGAGGUAUCACCUGGGCCACCUUGAAAAGCCCCCGGGGGCUUGCAAUCUUGGAAAAUAUUUUUGACUAGCUGCUUGAGCUGGAAUGUAUAAAGGAAUAGGCGUUAUUUUAUUGCUGUAAUAUUGUAUGAUACUUUAACUGUACAUUAAUGUUGUCACUUAUUGUAAAUGUUCCAUGGUUUUAUUAACAAUAAACAAACACCCAUUAA